AUGGGUCUCAGUGGACACACUGCCUACAGUCUCCGUACUUGGAUCCAAUCCAAACACAGUUGCGCCGCAGCCAAGCGCUGCACCAACGAGUUGUUAAACCUUGCUGAGUACAGACAGCAUCACGAUCCAGUGCCUCGCAAGUCCCGCCUCUUCUGCCAGGAUCAUAUCUGUAAACGGUUCCAUUAUCAGGCACUGACACAGGCUGAGGCAUCCAUCAUACCUGCGGCAGGUAGUACCAAACCUGAAGAGGCGAGAGGCAACUCAUGGGGGCCAAAGCUCACCAGCCCUGAAAGGAGGUGA